AUGGCAUCCGACGAGAUCCAAGCUAUCGAUGUUGUCAAGACCCAUCAAUCCGAAAAGAGAGUCGCGUCUACGCAUGCCGAUAAACCUGAUAUUGAACAUGCGUAUGUCCAAGACGACCCUCGUCAAUGGUCUAAAGCUCGUAGGCUCACGAUAGUGGUGAUGAUAUGUGCCGCAGCUUUAAUAGCCGGAUUUGGAUGUAACAUCUACAAUCCUGCGAUAUCUCAGAUUGAAUCGGAUUUACAUGCGACAAGCAAUCAGAUGAGCUUGACAUUGUCACUAUUUAUCCUGGUUCAAGGGAUUCUCCCCGUCGUAUGGAGUGCGGUCAGCGAAAUACAAGGUCGAAAGAUGGUCUAUCUGUUGUCGAUAGCUCUCUACACUGUGGGAUCCAUUGUGGCUGCACUUUCCAAGUCCAUUCAAAUUCUGAUUGUUAUGCGAAUGUUACAAUCUGCUGGUGGAAGUGCUGUUAUUUCUAUUGGAGCUGCGACACUUGCAGACCUAUAUGAGCCAUCCGAGAGGGGGACGAUGAUGGGUCUGUACUUGUGCUCUACCAACUCACAUAUUAUUCUCAUCCAUUCCUCGUUUCAUUCUGCCCAAAUUGUUGACAUCAGCGCGCCUCUACUCGGACCCUCUGUUGGGCCCAUAUUAGGCGGCGCUCUAACGCAAGUUUUCAACUGGCGUGCACCAUUCUGGUUCCUUGUCAUCUUCACCGGUCUCUGCUGUAUAUCAUUCAUAUUCUUCAAGGAUACCUUUCGCAAAGAACGCAGUCUUACUUAUCAGACCGUGUUGAAACGCAUCAAAGCACAUCAAGUCAAGAGUCCCUCGCAUGGAUCUCAUGCCACCCCAACUUCAGGCCAAGUGCAAUCUACGGAGAGCCCCGAUUUCAAGGAGCUGAAGGAAGAAACCGCGUCCACUACGACUACCAUUGUGGUGGGCGAUGUCGAAGCUCAGCUCUCCACAAAAGAGGAAUUAACAUCUGUGACGGAUAUCAAGUUGACAUUAAGAGACGCAAAUAUCAUAGGUCCCAUGGUUCAAGUGCUACACCGAUUGAAUAACGUCAUAAUCAUAGUAGCCUCCGCCUUGCUCUUUGCAUUCGAGUUCAGUCUUACAUACACGGCGUCACGAACGUUAGCAAACGAAUACCAAUACGAUGCGCUCAACAUUGGCCUCGUGUUGCUUGCCUUUGGAGCGGGCGCCUUACUUGGCAGUAUAGUCGGCGGACGUUACUCCGACCACGUUCUGCAGAAGUUGAAGGCUCAAAAUGGCGGAAAGGGCACUGCUGAGGCACGCAAUCUGUAUGCGCCUGCAGAGCACCAUGCUGCCCAUGUGUGUGUGAUCCUAUUUUUUUCGGGUUUCUUCAUGAUAUCCAUUUAUUCGAGUACUCUUGCAUACAUUGUUGAUGCAAAUGUUGGUCGCUCCUCUUCGGCCGUUGCUUGUAAUAGCUGCUUCCGUGGUAUUCUAGCCUUCGUCGCCGCAGAAGUUGCGGUUCCACUCCAGGAUUCUAUCGGUGAUGGUGGGUUAUACUCAAUGUGGGGGGGACUUAUGUUCGUCUCUGAGGCGCUACUUCUGCUCGUAUGGUGGAAGGGUGCACAGUGGCGAGAGAAGGCCUUGGCCCAAGAAGCAGCUCGGUAG